AUGCUGAUCACGCUCUGCUACCUCUACCUAUGGGCGCGCUGGGGGCCUUGCUCGGCAGCGCUCAUCCGCCGCACUGUGCGCCGCCUCCACCGCUCCCGCUGCUCCUUCACCUUCUACUGCUGCGCCGGCCUCCCGGCGCCCCCGGCUAGGCAGCCGCGCAGGCAGGUGUCGCCCGAGGAGCGAGUCUGCCUCAGGAUAGGGAACAAAGUCUUUCUCACGGACGAGACGCAGUUCCUUGAUGACUUAAACAGAUGGAGUCUGCUUCUCACGUCUCCUUUUAUUUAUCCUGAUAAAUUACUUAAAGCAGAACAUAUAGCUUUUGUGACAGAAAGCAUUUCAGCUCAGACAGAUAAUUUGCAGAAAGUACGUGGCUCUUCAAAAGAGAUCGUGAAGUGGUCAGACUAUUGUUCACCGUUGGCCUAUAAACCUGGUGAGCCUUAUAAGUUAAUUGCUGAAGCAAGUGUAGAUAAUUUCAGUAACCUUGGGAUAGCAUUCAUGGAAGACAGGCUUCAAAUGGAUAAUGGAAUGGUGCCGCAGAAGAUUGUUUCUGUCCAUUUACAGGAAUCUACUCUGAAGGAGUUGGCGCAGGUGGCAGCAUCUGUAAAAGAGCAAAGUGUAAGCAGUGCACAAAUGGAUGAAGUAACUCCUGCUACUACUUUUGAGACUACUGUUAAAUCAGGAUUAGGAGUAGCUGGGUCUGCAGGAGAAGGUGAAGAGGAGAAAUCCAAGCUAGAGAAAGAAAGUGAGCGUGAAGAUGAAUCCAACAGUCUAUCUGACAAAGAGAUAGGUGCUGGAGAACAUCAUCACUUGCAUCUUUCCAGCUGUCAUGAAUGCCUGCAACUUGAAAACAGUACUAUAGAAUCAGUCAGAUUUGCCUCUGCAGAAAACAUUCCAGAACUUUCUGAUGAUUGCAAUAGCAAACUGGAAGAGAAUAAUGAUGACUGUCUAGCAAGAGGAAUAAAGAGAGUAAACCUAGCUGGAAAGCCCCCUAAUAUAUUGAUUUAUCUUGGCUCUGAAACCGCAGAAGUGGAAUUUGAGCAGGUAAAAUCAAUUCUUCAGGAAUGCAUUGAUGCAGACAGCUACACCAUCUACCAGCUACAUGAGGAACAAGUUCUGAAAGCUCCAUGGAUUGAUAAUUCAUUACUGUUGAUCAUUGCCACAGAGCAGCCUAUUUCUGAGGAGAAUCACAAACAAUUUAUGAAGUUUUUAUCUAAAGGUGGAAAGAUUCUAGGGUUUUGUUCGUCUUUUACAUUUGAUGGCAUACAAAUAAAGAGAAAAAACAAACUGAAGAAGACUGUUCAUGAAUUAGUGGUCUCUAAAAUGGACAGCACUGAAAUUAAGUUAAAUCUUUUGGUCAGUGGCUGUAUUUUUGAGGAAGUAAUGAAGGAAGAUACCAGCAAAGUGAAGACAUUGAGUCGAUUAAAUAAUGCUGAUAAAGAUAUAGUUAUUGUUCAUCUGACUUACGGAGACAGCGGAGGAGAAGCCAUUCUUUCUCAGGCACACUUGGAACUGGAUAUCAAUUCUAUGGAUGUCCAAACUGAAGAGGAUUUUAAUUUGCUGAAGAUAAGCAAUACCAAGAGAUAUGAAGUUCUCAAGGAGGUCCUGAUAUCACUUGGCCUGAGUUGUGAAUUAAGUGAAAUUCCUAUGUUAACACCUAUUUACCUUCUCUCUUCUGAUGAGGAAAUCCAUCUUGCUUUUCUGAAAUGGCUCGAGGGAAAUGUAGAUGCUGAAGGAUUAAGAGCAUCCAGCAAGGUGUCUUUUAAAUUUGUUUCAUCCUGUGAAUCAAAAAUGGAGAUAACUCCAUCUCUCAUGCCAGUCAUCACUGAUAUGCGAAGCUUCUCAUCAGAACAUUUCAGCCUGGACAGAUAUCAACAAAAUCUUCAAACAAAGAAGCUUGGCAAGAUUCUUCUUUUUACUGAAGUUACCACAACAACAAUGAAUCUUCUAGAUGGGUUAAUGUUCGAGUUGCCUGAGGAGAUGGGUUUAAUAGCAAUUGCUGUUCGACAAACACAAGGGAAAGGUCGUGGUGGAAACGUUUGGCUCAGUCCCGUGGGUUGUGCACUAUCCACUUUACAUAUUGCCAUUCCUCUACAUUCCAACCUGGGCCAGAGAAUUCCUUUUAUUCAACACCUGGUGUCCUUGGCAGUGGUAGAGUCAGUUAGAUCAAUACCAGGAUAUGAGGAUAUUGAUCUGCGAGUAAAAUGGCCAAAUGAUAUUUACUACAGCGAUCUUAUGAAGCUUGGUGGAGUUCUGGUAAACUCUACACUUAUUGAAACAACAUUUCAUAUACUUAUCGGCUUUGGAUUUAAUGUGAAUAACAGCAACCCCACCAUAUGCAUCAAUGAUCUCAUCAUAAAAUUUAAUAAGGAAGAGGGGACAAAGCUGAAGGCUUUAACUGCAGACUGUCUUAUUGCAAGAACUGUAACUGUGCUGGAGAGGCUUAUAGAUGUUUUCCAGGAGAAAGGGCCCAACGGAGUUCUUCCCCGUUACUACAAGUACUGGAUACACAGUGGUAAGCAAGUCCGUCUCCACAAUGAGGAGGGCCCAAUUGCAUGGAUAGUCGGGAUAGAUGAUUAUGGAUUCCUUCAAGUUCAUGAAGAAGGCAAGGGUGUGGAGUCCGUGCACCCAGACGGCAACUCUUUUGACAUGCUGAGAAACCUCAUAGUCCCAAAGCAUUAAUAGUCCUCAGAGCUUACAGUGCAAAGGGAGGCUCUUUAGUAUUUGGCACCAAGCAGCUAAACUUGCUUAAAGGUGGGAAGGGUAGUUGAUAGCUUGAUUUUUUUUCUCUUCUGAUUUCCUGAUAUCUUUGUUCUUUGACAUGCAUAACUUCAACAGUUAAGAAGAGGUAAUUGUCUCAUUCCUGAAGGCCUUUAUUCUUUCAUAUUAACUUUAAAACACAUCUAUGUUGCCAUUCUUUGUAAGCAUCUAUUCUUUAAAAGGAGCCUGAUUGCAAAGGAAUACCUGGCAAUGAACAGAACUUUCUCUUCAAUUGUACACUGUAUUUGAGAAACUGAAGUGGCUAAAUAUUUCUGGUUUUUGUCUCUGUGUUUUUAUUGUGCUUUCUCACAGUCCAGUACAAUAUUUACAUUUUACUAUGUUUUUUUAAACUAAAUUCUGGUUUAUGCAUUGUCUGCAGUGGAAACAGCUGGAAGAGCUCAUCAUGUAUUUUUGAAUUACUGGGAUUACCACUGUGUUUAAAAUCAGGUCUCAGUGUAGAGCCUGGCUGAUUUGGUGGUUCUCCACGUGGGCCUGUACAACAGUUUACCACCCUGUCUGCAGGUCUGCAACUCUCUCAUGGCUGCCUUGAGUUUUUGGAGAGUUUUCCAUCAGCGCUUAAGAACUGUGGUUGGUU